CUUCCGGUAUGGUUAAACCAUGGCGACGUUCUACACUCGCUGCCUACAAGAGCUCCCAAAAUUGAACAUCACUGAUGUUCAUCGGAUUUGCAGAGUGACGACUACCCCAGCCAGCAAAUUGGAUAAAGGAUUUAAGUUAUAUGCUGCAUCAUAUAUACACAACUACGAAGGUAAGAAAACGUAAAUUAACCGACAAAGAAACGUUAGCUAACGUCAAAUGCAAACACUACGUUACUCCGCUAUGUCCUUCAUUUGAUGUCAAUUCUCUACAUUACAUGUUUUCUUAAACGGUGUUUUAUGUCGUCCGAAACUAUAGUUGAGGUUUUCUUAACUAAUGUCGCUUUUGUUGUUAGACACUGUUAUAAUAGCGUUAGGUAGUUGGCUAACUAAGGAGGUAGUUAACUACCUAAUGCUACUCUUGCUAAGUGUAAAGUAUAUAUGUUUAAGACGUGCUGACAUGAGUAAUACAGAAAUAAUGCUAAUGGUACUUGUAUCUUUAUUCAGUGUCCAAUAAAGACAGGUUGUCAGGGGAGGUCGGUGUGAGAGCCCUGUGCUACAGGUCAAUGAGGAAGAGUGAGGCACCACACAGACUAAGUAUUAAGCUUCUGGAUUCAUCGCCGGUGGUACUGACACAUAGCCAGUGCUCCUGUGUGGCAGGCGCUGUUAUGUGCAAUCACACUGUGGCACUGCUCUUCCAAACAGCACAAUACUCACAACUCAGAGUGCCGGUUGUCCCCCUGUGCAUAGCUGCACGGAAUCUGAACAGCAAUGGCACAAGCCACGGACAGUGGGUGUGAAGCCAGGACCCAUCAACUCUAUGAUCUUCACUAAGCCGGUACCAAAUAGGAUGGCCCAGACUGGAGUACGGAGUGGCUUCUACAGAGGCAUGGUGGGUCCGUUACCAGAUCCCUGCUUGUUCAGAAUAACGGAGGCAUAUGCAAAAUUUAAUAUUGAGGACAGGCCACUUGUGACCACAAUGAACAUGAGACCUGACAAGCCCCUUGUGGAAAGUGCUUUUGGGCUGGUGCAGGAGGGCAGUGUUCUGUCAUAUCAGCAGCCGGUUUUGACAACCCGGUACAUCACACUACACCGUGAUGCACCACCAACACCGCACUUGCCUCUGGAGGGGUAUGACAUCUUGCCAUCAGAUUGUGUGUUUGUGUGCUCAGAAGAAGAGCUUCUGCAUCUGAAAAGCUUGUCUGUAACUCUGGAAAUGGCUCACAAAAUAGAGGAAGCUACACGUGAGCAAAGCUCUUCAUCUGAGUGGCAUCAGCUCCGCAGGCCCAGAGUGACUGCCUCUAGGUUUCGGGAGGUGUGUCACGUCAGAGGCCAGAGCUCGGCAGAGUCACUAGCAGAGCGUAUAUUGAAGGGAACAAGGCAGACAGCAGACAUGAGGAGAGGAACUGAGAUGGAGCCUGCAAUAGCAGCAGAGUAUAGUAGGCUAAUGAAUGUUAACUACUCACCCUGUGGUCUGGUCAUUCACCCCAUUGCCCCCUGGCUUGCUGCAUCUCCUGAUGGUGUUGUUUUUGACCCCAAUGAAUACCCCCAGUUUGGCCUUGUCGAAUUCAAAUGUCCCAAUGUACAAAACUUUAUUGACUGCAAAUAUGUGCAGAUGGAAUGUGGUACCCCUAAACUAAAAAAGAGCCACGCAUAUUACUGGCAAGUGCAAGGACAACUGCUCAUCAGUGGGAUGCAGUGGUGUGACUUUGUUGUGUGGGCACAAGAGGACUACCUAGUGCAAAGAAUAUACAUGGAUACAGAUGUGCACAAUGCAAUCAGAGAAAAGGCUGACUAUUUCUUUUUUUACAUAUAUAUGCCAAAAUACCUGUGUUUGGAAAAAUGAACAGUGAAAACAUAGCAAAAAGGAAAACAGAUUCUUCAGGCUGGCUGGAACAAAAUAACUGAUGUUUUAUUUGCAAUGUAUUUCAUGAAUUAUUUUGUUGUUACUUGUUGUUACAUGUUACUUUUAUGUGAAAUCAAUAAACUGUUAUUUAAGCAAUGGCAUCAAUUUCAUUUUUUAAAAACACACAUUAAAACAUUGAAUUUGUGCUGAACUUAUUUACAUGGUAAGUAUUUAAAAAUCCAUGCCUAGCAUACUGACAUACAUUUAGACAAUAACACAACUGAAUGAAGAAAAUGACAAAUGGUAUUUUGGAUGUUACAAAAGCACAAUGUCACUUAUGAUUUUAAAACGAUUUAGUGAUUUACUUUAUAAUUUUGAUAAACAAUUUUGUUGAAUAUGAAUAGUAAUAUAGUAGUAUAAUUAAACAGUAUUAUUAACAUUCAACAUUUGCAAUGAAUUAGAAUUAUCAAUAACUGGAACUCAACUAUCAGCACUCAAGUACCAGUUCUGUAAUCAAGUUUUGUCAAGGAAGAAAUGCAACUGUAGUGGCCUCAGCUGCAGGUCAUUUUCCAUAAGUUACUUGUACUGGCACUGGUGUCUUGGGAAAAGUCCAUCUUGUCUCACUUAACCCAUUUUUUAACUAAUGCUGUGUUCUGGUAAUUUGACAGCAUACAUGCUACUGCAAACAGUUGGUUGAUAUUGUAAACAUGUGACAUGGUAAUGAUGCUAUCAAAAAGUUUGUUCUGUUUUAUCCUCCUAAUGACUCGCUCCACAUGUACCCUGAGUCUGGCUAUGGCCUGCGUCUCCUUAACCUGGUAUGCUGGCAUCUGCUUCUGCUUAGAUAGAAAAGGUGGGCAGUACACUUUGCAUUUACAACAAUCGGUGAUUAGGAAGCCCUUAUCUACCAUCACUGCCAUGUCUUCAGUCAACUUCUCAGCAAUGCCUGAUUGUUUGAAUAGUUCCUUGUCACUAACCGAACCAGCAUACAGAUUAGAGAUGAAUGUCACUGGACCAUGUGGAGCUAUGCCAACCAGGGCUUUCAUCGUACAGUGGGAUUUGUACGAAGAGUACAUUUCACUUUGGAGAAGUGGUGAGGAUGGUGUCUGACACCUCAGCUCUGUACAGUCAAGGAUCAUCUGGGUGUCUGAGAAAUCUUUGAAUUCCUCAGGGAGGUAAGCUUGCACUUCUUCACGUGUAAGCCAGAUGCA